AUGAUCACUGUAGAACAUCAACAUCAAUGUUCUUCGAAAGCUAUAACUCACAACACUUCAAUAACCUAUAAAUUUCAAGGAACAUAUCUGAUCAUCGACAUUGAACCUACUGUGAAUCAAGCAGAUCUAUCGAAUGAUCGGUCGUACUAUUCACGUGUAAAAGAUUAUCUACCAUAUGAUGAUGAGUCCGACGUGAUGUCUGUUGUUUUCGUAUCAUUGAACAUUACGGAGACGACAAAUAUAACCGGAACUGGUAAUCUAACAAAAACAUUUUCGAAAAGACCAAAUGAAGAUUCAUCAAUUACAAAUAUUUUAGUUGGCAUUGGUAUUGUCGCAGUUGCUCUAGGUUUACUUGUUGCACUCAUAAAACUGAUACGAAUAUGUUACAAAAUGUGGCAAGCAGAAGAUGAUGAAGAGAACAAAACAGAUCAAAUGAAAAAUGCACCACUUUUGCCUUUGUCAGGUUCAAAAGUAGUUCGUCGCAAUUCAUCUAUACGUAAUCCAAACGCUCCGAUACAUCGCUCAAGUCUUAAUAUUGAAACUCAAAUGGAAAUUCGACAGAAACGACUUUCGCAAACGUACAGUAACACUCCACCGGCUGUCAAAAAACCUUAA